UUUGUCUUGGAUCUUGCACUGACGAAGCUUAGUUAUUAAUGUUUACAAGGGUCAUUUUCAGGUUGAGCCUUGUACUUAAAAUGACCGUAUUAGUCGCAUUUAACAUUCCAUUGUUCCCGCUUGCCUGCUGUUCACUUUUCAGUGUUUUUACCCCAUUGUUGUUUUCCCUGCAUUGUUGGAAUACUGUAUGUAUUUUGAGUGGUAAAUGGUCAUACUUGCAGCUCCCGUCUGGGAGGUCAUUAGGUUCAAUCCCCAGGCGGAGAAUCAGGCUUCCAUUUCACAUAAUUACACAGUUGAAAACAUGUAAAUUGUAAAUAUAACACGUAUCGUUAAUGAUUGUGGUUGUGCUCUUUCCCUGUCACUCCCCCGCCCUUGUGUAUUCGACAGCCUUAAAGCUCAAUUAUCCAAGAAAGCAAGACUACACAAGAGAGCCACAGCAUGGCUGUCUACCCUCACCCUACCUAUAUAAGGUCGCUGCCACCCAGAAGCACGACAGUGCUUGUUUUGUGCUGACAGAGUUAAUUUCCUCGCUCUUCUCACUUGACUGACAGGAUGUGGGCUGUGCUAGUGCCAACGCUGGUGGUGGUGUGCCUGGCUCCUGCAGCUACAAGGUUCCAGUUCUUCAGUAACUGGGUAGGAUGGGUCAGGGCAUCAUGUUGUUGUUAGUGCUGCCAGCAUGGUCAGGAUGCUUGGCAGGCAAACUACGAUCCCUCGAUUCUUCCUUCCCUACCAACAAAGAUGCACUUGAAUUUAACUACCUCUCAGGCACGCACUUGCCACCUGUCACCGAGAACUCACAGACUGGCUUCACAUGUGCCACUAUCAUUAUUACAGAGAUCAGCCUACAGGUUCAGACUCAAAUGGUUCCAACCACAAUCUUCAAUGACAAGGCAGUGAUAACGACAGAAAUAUCUACUACAGUGAUUGUUAUGGCACAGACCAUCACUAACACAAAGACCAUUUUAAACACUGUUCCUAAUACUGUGUAUACCACAAACAUCCAUACUGAAACAAAGACAGUUAUAGAAACAUCAACAGUCACAUUUUCUGCACAGACUAUCUUCCAUACUGCCACACAGACCAUCAUCAACACAAGUGUUACAGAGACUACACAUGUAAAAGUGCAUACAAAUAUUGUGCCCAGCACAAUUGUGGAGACAGAGUAUUCGACCAAAGUUGUGACCACCACUUUUACGAGAGUGGAAAAGCAAUAUGUCACACGCACUCUCACCACCACCCUGCCUCCCCACACUAUUGUGGAGAGAAUGUUUGCAAUAAGCACUGAUGUAGUGACUCAAACACUUCCAGGACAGACAGUAUUCAGUAUCAAUUCAAUUACCUCUACUUUUAUGAACACUGUGAUCUCUAUUCUUCCUGUCUUGACCUCUCAAGUGGUGUCCACUGUUGUGGUACCAUUUGUCACCACAAUCUUUAGCACACUAGUCAUCACCGACACCCAGACUAUAGAGAGCACCCAGUAUAUCACACAGACACAAACACAGGUGGCAACACAAGUAAUUCCUACCACUGUUGUCAACUAUAUAACACAAGUGGUGACAGAGGCAGUGGACAAUUUAGUUGUGUCUGUGGUCACAGUGCCUACUACUAUCAUUCAGACAGCUGUGUCCACACGGGUAUCUGUGUUGGAAGAGACUGUAACAAUUACAGAAAAACAGAGGGUCAACAAGAUGAUCACAGUUCCUAGAGGCACCACUGCCAUCUGUAGUACCCAGAAGGUACCCAACUUUGUUUAUACAGUUUACGUCACCAAUACCACAACUGACACACACACCGUAACUCAGACAGUACAAGGCAACUGUAACACUAAUACAGUUUAUUAGGGAUGGUACAAUACCAAAAUUGUUGGUGAUGCUGAUACUGAUAUCAAAUUUAGCCGAUACUUAUCUAUACCAACACUUAAUUUUAGACUGAUACCAAUACCACAAAAAUCUGUCAAUACCAAUACUUUGGCACGCUCCUACAAUUAAUGAUUAGAAACAACCCAAUGCUCCCUUUAACAUCUAGACCAAGGAAAGUUCUGCUUGAAGCACUUCAUGCUUACUGCAUAUAAUUCAGUAAACUAAUAAUAGCUUUUCUUUAGUUAUGUUCUUAUUACAUUCACAGGAAAGUGCUAAACCAACAAGUCAUACAGCACCUGGGAAAUGGAAGGUAAUGAAAUUUAGUAUCAAGGAAGGUAGCUCAAAUUCCUUGGAUCAACAGCCCUUCACCAACACCAGGGCAUUUUCCCCCAUAAUCUUUACCAAGUGCCAUUUGCUCUGAACAAGUAAUAACCAUAUGCCAAGUGAGUAUUGGCUUGACACUGCCUCAGAACACAACAAUUACAUUGUAAUAUAUACUGCACAUUCUAUAAUAAAUCUUUAUAAUAAGCUUCUGUAAUAGCAGUUACAUAUUACUUUUCCUACAUAGGUUAAUGUGAAUAAAGUAGUAGACUGAAAUAAGCUGGAAAAGUGACAAGUUACAAAAGCCAGGUACAAACCCUUAUAGCAUUUUUUAACUCAAUGGUUAUCUCUCACCAAGAAUGGGUGACCCAAACAAGAAAACACAUUUACAGUCAUUCAGUCACUGUUUUUCCAGAAGCAUGCCGAUUACCCUCUGACUGCAACAUCCCAUCCCUCCUUCACAAAAACAGCACUAAACUCACAAGGGUCUUUCAGCACUAUUGGGCAGUGGAAAUUUUGUGGUUGUGGAGAGAAAAAACAAUGAUGGUGACAUUACUCAAUGAGGCCAAUUGAUGUUAGGUUCUGCUGAUAGGAAGAGGAUGUUACUCAUGUAAAAACAUUUAAAUUCAUGAUACUUUUCAUGGUACUUCUAAAAACUUAUUACCUUAUAAUUCAAAAAAAAUUUCAAGUCAAUAAUUUAGCUUCAUUUUCAACAAGUUUAAUAAUAGUACUAUUUUUGACAUCUUGACAAUGAAAUGACACUUUAUUCAAUUUAUAAAUGGCCUACAGUGCUAUCAUCCUUUCUCCAAAAUCUACCUACCUCAAGAGCAAACUCUGAGGCUAUACUGCAAUAUACGUACAAAAUAAUGCAUUUAAUACAAUGACCCUUAAUGCUAAAAAAUGCAAAACAAUUCCUGAUAAAUAACAUGGCAUUUGCUUAAAUAAAUCAUAUGUAACAAAUAUACAAAAAUAAUAGUAAUAACAUAUAACAUUAACUGCAAUAAAUAAAAACACACUUAGGAUUACAUGGCCCUAGGUGCCACAAAACUAACACUCCUAUGAUGACUCUUCUCACAUUGAAAAAUAUAAAUGCAGUGGAGCCACACACGGAGACCUGACACAUCAUUAACCUACAAAAUGUAAAAUUACUAAAACCUGCCAGAAUUCUGUUAAUAUCUAGACUUGCCACUUGGGAUAUUUUAUUCUAUGCUUCUUGAAACGCAGUUCAUAAAUUUCAAUGUGAAAUUAUGAAGUGAGUGUAAUAAAUAUGUCUUCUCUCUGUGUAGAUAAUAUACUGUAACUUAAUAAUGUACACUGACAAGAACCGUUUAUAUGUUGCCUAUUGUUGCUUAUAAUACAUGUACAGCAUGAAAAAAGUUUCCAAAUACAGUAUAGUAGACACCAGUUAAUAAUUCUACAUAUCCUCAGUUCAUUCAUGAUUAAUUAAUUUGUACCAUAGCAUUUUGAAUUCACAAAACUCCCUUUAAAUGUACAAGUGUAUAUAAAUACCCAUUCAACACAUACGCAUAACUGCUGCAGAACAUAACUCAGUUGUUUACUAAUAUCAUGCAGAGGUAAGUUGUUCACUUAAAAUGCAGCAACUGGAGCAAUGUUCAUGAGUAAACUCUUAAAAGGUCACUAUUACAAGUUAAGCUAAGCAGGAGGGUAUAACUUCAUCAUUAAGUUGGAUAUCUGUAAACCAUUUAGGUAGUAGGUUGGUAGACAGCAACCAUCCAGGGGGGUACUACCGUCCUGCCAAGCGAGUGUGAAACGAAAGACUGUAAUUGUUUUACAUGAUGGUAGGAUUGCUGGUGUCUUUU